AUCGCGAAGAGCGUGUACUCUCCCCUACGCUUCUUUAUGUUUUUGAGACCUCUAUUUUUAACAUCUUUCCACUGUCUGGACCCGGCAAUGGUGUAACCCUAUCUUGAGCGCAACAAGCGACCACUCAAACAACAACCCGCCUCUAUGCGAGCGGUACUGCCAGGGAGACCCCGAGCGAAGCUCCAGUCUUUCAGCACCGCACUGUGGGAUGGUCUCCGCGUUGUCGUAUACAUCUCUGGCCAUGCGCUGGUCAUCCUCGGCGGUCCCCACACCCUCCUACAAACCAUCUACGUGGAUGAUGCCGACUCCCUCGAAGCAGUAACAAUUGACGAAGCUUCUGGAAAGAUUGCUGUGUGUGGUGGAUCGGAUGUUUUUAUUUACCAGCCGUACGGAAUCAAGCGUGAAACGUUAAAGUGGUCUCUUGUGCAUACAUUUCAUCAGGAGGAUGACGACGAGACGAUCCGGACACUGUCGUGGGGUUCCUCCGAUGAGCUGCUCCUGGGAAAUUCACACCUCACCCUCUGGUUCCUGAAUGAUGUGCCGCGUCCUGUGUGGAAGCAAAAGCUCGCGAACCCUGUUAAAUUUGCUCGGUUCUCCCCCGACUCAACGUUGGUGAUUACUACGGGACAUUACGACCGCCUAGUCAAAGUAUGGCGACGUUUGUCGUUCGGCGCGGACGAUGUUCGCUUCGAGGUGUCAUACCUUUCGCAUCCUGCAAUCGUCACGGGUAUCCAUUGGCGCAGGCCAUUUCAUAAGGAGCAAUCGAUCGAUAUCGUUCUCUACACAAUAUGCGCGGACAAUAAGAUCAGGAUAUGGACAAUGAUGGAUCAUCACGCUCCGACGAUUUUACAACUAUGGACACAAAUUGAUAUGGGCGCAUCUGUUCAACCAAGGCAUACAGCAGACCAGAGCAAUGUAUCUCGACGAUAUGGAUUCGUCAUUGAUAGUAGAGACUUUUGUAUGGCCACCGAACGGGCAGUGCAAAGGUGUGCAGGGAGCAAGGGAAACCACGCUUUAGAGCACAUCAUCGAAAUCGCCAACAAAAGCCCUGAAAUCUGCGUUGUGAUAGAUGGGCAGGGUCAUAUGUCUGCCUGGGCACUCGAGGAUGUCGGCUCCAAGAUCAAGUCUGAAUUGAACGUCUUCAACAUCCUCCAUGCAGAAGGCUUCAAUUUUUCAUUCAUGCCGGGGCUGUCUCCAGAUGAAGACUACGCUCAGUUGUGUGCAUUCCAGAGUACCCACUUAGGGGACUCACUUUCUAUUCUUGUGCAUCAUUUCGACGGUCGUAUAGAAUGGUAUGACUCGCAGGUCGAUACAUUAUUCGAUCCGGCGUCUCGCAAGGGCCGGAUUACGCUGAAAGCAUCCUGGACUGGCCACAAUGGCCCAGUCAAGAAGAUCGUCCGUAAUGCGGUUGGCGAUACUCUUGUUUCACGUACAGACGACAACAAAGCAAUGAUUUGGAAGCAGAAGCGGAGAGAUGACGGAUCGAUGCUCGUCCGCAAAAGCUCCUUAUACUCAGAUGAACAUAUCCAUCGCACCUGUGUGGUCGAGAAUGGAAAUUUCCUUGUCAAUCUCCACCAUAGUGGAAUUUCCGUCUGGGAUCUCCGCUCAUUCCAUGCUAGGAAAAUUGCUGCGUCGACCUUUGAAUUAUCAAGCAAACCACUCUGUGUUCUACCGAUCCCUACAACUGAAAAGGGAAUGGUAUAUAUAGCAACUAUUGGAGCUGAUCGGAACGGAAUAGCUUGGGAAAUCCGACAACCAACUGCGACGCACAAAGUGAAUGGGACGCAUGAUCCUCAAUGCUAUCUACGGAAAUUUUGCACUUUUCACCUAGGCCUUGAGGAGGAUAUGUCUUAUAUCUUGCCUGUUGACCCGGCUGGACCUAAAGCUAAGAUGUCCGGGUUUUUCGAUAUAUUUUCCCCCGACAUAGCGUUAUCCUAUACCCGGACCGGUAUUAUCCACACCUGGGCCGCUAAGGUCGAUAGGGAAAAAUGCCGAGUUGAAUGGCUACUGACGUCCACAGUUGAGACGGGCAUCACUAAUCCGUCUCUUGCUAGUGGAAGCUCCAUCAGAAAGGCUGCUCUUGUCGACGAGAACCGCAGCCACUUAACAAUCUGGGACACAAAUGGCGCCCAACUGGAGUAUGAGGAGCAUUUUGGCCAGAAAGACAUAAUUCGUGAUCUGGAUUGGACGUCUACCCCAGAUAUGCAGUCCAUUCUUGCGGUUGGAUUUCCUCACAAAGUCAUUUUGUUGUCACAGCUUCGCUAUGACUACCUUGAUGCUCGACCUUCCUGGACGCAAGUUAGAGAAAUCUGGAUUCGUGACUUAACACCUCACCCGAUUGGAGAUUCCUGCUGGCUCAACAACGGCCACCUCGUGAUUGGAGCGGGGAACCAAAUCUUCGUGUAUGAUAAUGAGAUCGACGCCCACGAUCGUUUAGUUUCGCACCUUCGUAUUCCGUCGCGUGGUCUAGGCUUUGUUGACCUCUUUGAGGUUGUCAGUCGGUUGAAUGGCCCGUUGCCUGUCUUCCACCCCCAAUUUCUGGCACAGUGUAUCCUGAGUGGAAAGAGUAACUUGGUACAUUCUAUAUUGAUAAACUUGCACCGGAAACUCAAAUUCUAUACGGAAGGUGACGAUUUUGACGGUUUCUUGGACAUGGCUCUAGAAGACUUCUAUCUGGACCACGAUACCUCCCAGAAAGAAUCCAAGGAGUUACACUCCGCAUAUGCAGAUCUUUCGCUAGAGGAUGAACCGUCAGUCAUGGAUGAGAGCACUGCCGUCGCGCUCAAUGAGAACUUGGCUAAGGUUGCUUUGCCACAACUUUCCAGUCAGGAGCAAUUCCGCCUAGCUGAUACCAUUGAGUGUGUUGCCACUGUCGAAAAGCACAGGCGCUCAAUGGACGACAAUGCUGCGCGUUAUCUGCUCUUCUUCCGUCAACACAUGCUGCGAAGAACACAAGGUGUUGCAAACAAGGAUACGGUCUCCUGGAGAGAGAUUGUCUGGGCUUUCCAUAGCGGCAGUCAGGAUAUCCUUCUUGACCUUAUAUCGAGACAGUUCGGCGGUAAGAUGGUAUGGAAGGCAGCCAGAGAGAGCGGCUUGUUCAUGUGGUUGUCAAGCACAUCUGCUAUUCGAGCUCAGCUAGAAGUGGUUGCUCGAAAUGAGUAUACCAAAUCGGAGGAGAAGAACCCAAUCGACUGUUCAUUAUACUAUAUUGCGCUCAGAAAGAAGAACAUCCUUCAAGGCCUCUGGCGUAUGGCUCAUUGGAAUCGUGAGCAGGCUGCGACUCAACGUCUACUGGCAAAUAAUUUCCAAGAACCUCGCUGGAAGACAACCGCUCUAAAAAAUGCAUAUGCCUUACUUGGGAAGCGCAGAUUUGAGUACGCUGCGGCAUUUUUCCUUCUUGCGGACCAUUUGCACGAUGCCGCUAUGGUAUGUAUCAAUCAAGUCGGGGAUCUCCAGCUUGCGAUUGCGAUUGUACGCGCCUACGAAGGGGAUGACGGGCCGGUGUUGAAGGAAAUCCUGGAAGAGAGGGUCUUGCCUGAAGCUGCCUCUGACGGGAACCGAUGGAUGGCUUCCUGGGCUUUCUGGAUGUUGGGCCGUCGCGAUAUGGCUGUGCGCUCGCUCAUCUCCCCAGUCGAGACCCUCAUUCCUUCGACACCUUUGUCUCCGGGAAGCCCUGGAACGAUUCCACUACACGCCAAGUCAUAUCUAUCGAACGAUCCCGCAUUAGUAGUCUUAUACAAGCAACUACGUGAAAAGACGUUGCAGACCUUGAAGGGUGCAUCUAAAGUCUCUGGACCAGUGGAGUGGGAGUUCGUUAUCCGCAAUGCGCGCCUCUACGAUCGAAUGGGUUGUGACCUUCUAGCUUUGAAUCUGGUGUGCCAUUGGGAGUUCUUGGCCGAACCUCCACCCACCAGUACAAUGGAGAAAGUUUCAUUUGACCUGGAACACAAUGGUGUUGACUAUCGUAAAAUGCUUCGACGACGAAGCAGUCUCGUGGUAGCCGACUUGCCGAUCAAGCCGGGCCUAGCACAGUCUUCGGAGACAUUAAAGAAACCCCAACCACCCCCAACCAUAUUUCACGAACCCGAUCCUGAUGCACUACUCGAUAGUUUCGGAUUUUAGCAAAAUAUGUCUAUCUGUUCAUAUAUGUACCGGAUUUUCUUGACCCAUUGAUGGGAGCUUUACUUUUCUAGUAUGGAUACUGGAGGGCUAAUUCAG